AUGCGCGAAAUUCUUCACAUCCAAGGAGGGCAAUGUGGGAAUCAAAUUGGAUCAAAGUUUUGGGAGGUUGUAUGUGAUGAGCAUGGGAUUGAUCCUACCGGCCGGUACACCGGAAAUUCUGAUUUACAGAUAGAGAGAGUAAAUGUAUACUAUAAUGAGGCUAGUAAUGGUCGUUAUGUUCCACGGGCCGUGCUUAUGGACCUUGAGCCCGGAACUAUGGAUAGUAUCCGGACCGGCCCUUAUGGGCAAAUUUUUCGGCCCGAUAACUUUGUUUUCGGGCAGUCUGGGGCUGGUAACAAUUGGGCCAAAGGGCACUACACUGAAGGUGCUGAGCUUAUUGAUUCAGUUCUUGAUGUGGUAAGGAAGGAAGCAGAGAAUUGUGAUUGCCUGCAAGGAUUUCAAGUAUGUCAUUCUCUUGGCGGUGGAACUGGGUCUGGUAUGGGAACUCUGCUUAUUUCAAAAAUCAGGGAAGAGUACCCAGAUAGAAUGAUGCUUACCUUCUCUGUUUUCCCAUCUCCAAAAGUAUCAGAUACCGUCGUUGAGCCUUAUAAUGCUACACUUUCUGUUCAUCAGUUGGUAGAAAAUGCUGAUGAAUGUAUGGUGCUGGAUAACGAAGCCCUCUAUGAUAUUUGCUUCAGGACUCUCAAGCUCACUACCCCAAGCUUUGGAGACCUAAACCAUUUAAUUUCAUCAACAAUGAGUGGUGUAACUUGCUGCUUGCGCUUUCCCGGUCAGCUAAACUCAGACCUGCGAAAACUAGCUGUGAACUUAAUCCCAUUUCCAAGACUUCACUUUUUCAUGGUAGGGUUUGCUCCUUUGACCUCUCGAGGUUCGCAGCAAUACCGUGCACUUACAGUCCCUGAGCUAACACAACAAAUGUGGGAUGCCAAGAACAUGAUGUGCGCUGCUGAUCCACGCCAUGGGCGUUACCUAACAGCAUCAGCAAUGUUUAGAGGGAAAAUGAGCACAAAAGAAGUAGAUGAGCAAAUAAUAAAUGUACAGAACAAAAAUUCUUCCUACUUUGUAGAAUGGAUACCAAACAAUGUCAAAUCUAGCGUUUGUGAUAUUCCUCCAAGAGGUCUUAAAAUGGCUUCAACUUUCAUUGGGAAUUCAACUUCAAUACAAGAAAUGUUUAGGAGAGUUAGUGAGCAGUUUACGGCAAUGUUUAGAAGAAAAGCAUUCUUGCAUUGGUAUACUGGGGAAGGAAUGGAUGAAAUGGAGUUCACAGAAGCUGAGAGCAACAUGAAUGAUCUUGUUGCGGAGUAUCAGCAGUAUCAGGAUGCUACAGCUGAUGAACAUGUUGAGUCCGAGGAAGAGGAAUUCUCCGAGAAUUGACUUUGUUCGGCUAAUUUGUUGCUCCGUAUGUUUCGAGCAGUAAUAAAUAAAUAGUUUGAAUUUUGUUGUUGUUGUUAUAUUGCUCUAUUUCCAUUAGUGAAAUGGCGUUGUACUAGCUGGUGUCAGCUUUGUUCGUUUGCCUUCUUAACUGAAAUUUUCUUGUUAAGAUUUGUGAAACCUUGAACUUGACCGAAUCAAUACAUUUUCA